AUGGGAAAAUAUCCACUUCGUAAUACCGCGCCUGUUUUUAAAAAGGUGCAGAGUAUCUACGAAAACAGACUUCGUCUUUUCACAGCCAAUGGCGAGUACAAGGCUCUCAACCUCCCUAACUUUUAUGACCGCAAGACCGUUUCUGGAAGCCCUCAUAUCACUCUUGAAGUUUAUUCUGUUCCUAAUAGUGCGCGCCCAUUGUUCAAUGACGUGGUUCCUACAGCCAAGUGGCGCCCAACUGAGCGUGGUGAGUCGUUUGGUCCGUCGUGGUCAACUCACUGGUUCCGCAUUGAAAUUACAGUUCCUGCCGAGUGGGCUGACGAAGAACAAGUGAUUUUCAAGUGGGAUGCCGGAAACGAGGGCUGCAUUUACUACGAAGAUGGAACCAUUGUUGUUGGUCUUAGUGGUGCCGAAAGAAAAGAAUGGAUUGUUCCCAGUGAAUGGCAGAAGGAUGGCAAGAAACACUUGUUUUACAUAGAAAUGGCCUGCAAUGGAAUGUUUGGUAAUGGUACUCCUGAUGACAUUCACCCACCUGAUAAUAACCGUUGGUUUACACUGUCUACUGUUGAGCUGCUUGUCCCCAACCUAGAGGCUCGUGCACUGUACAUUGACUUUUGGAUUAUCGGAGACGCCGCACGUGAACUGCCUGACGAUUCAUGGCAAAAGCACAAGGCUCGUGAAGUAGCUAAUUUGAUUAUGGAUACGUUCGACCCCGCACGCCCAGACGAAACAAUUGCUGAGUGUCGUAAAAUUUCUAAAGAGUAUGUCGGCAAGUUGGUUGAUUCGUCAAAGGUUUACAAGAGCCCUCUAGCCGCGGAAGUUACGGCAAUUGGCAACUGCCAUAUCGAUACGGCCUGGCUUUGGCCUUAUGCUGAGACCCGCCGCAAGGUUGCUCGUUCAUGGUCUUCACAGUUAGACUUGCUGGAACGUUACCCCGAGUACGUGUUUGCUGCUUCUCAGGCUCAGCAAAUGGAAUGGCUUCUCCAGGACCACCCAGAGCUCUUUACGCGUAUUCAAGCGGCUGUCAAGGAGGGUCGCUUUAUCCCUGUUGGUGGUUCUUGGGUUGAGAACGACACCAAUAUGCCAACUGGUGAAGCUAUUGUACGUCAAUUUCUUCUUGGUCAGCGGUUCUUUGAAGAGCAUUUUGGUCAGCGUUCACGUACUUUUUGGCUUCCUGAUACCUUUGGAUACAGUGCCCAAAUUCCUCAGCUUUGUCGCGGUGCUGAAAUGGACCGUUUUUUAACCCAGAAACUUUCAUGGAACAAUAUCAACAAGUUUCCCAACACUACAUUUAACUGGGUCGCUUUGGACGGCUCUCAGGUUAUUUGCCAUAUGCCUCCUGAUGAUACAUACACCGCUGCUGCUCACUUUGGUGACGUUGCUCGUUCUCUUAAGCAAAACAAAAACAUGGAUGUUGAUCAUCAUGGUAUGCUGCUUUAUGGUCAUGGUGAUGGUGGUGGCGGCCCUACUGCCGAGAUGCUUGAAAAAUUGCGUCGAUGCCGCGGUGUAUCUGACACAGUCGGCAUGCUUCCUCGUGUUCACUCGGGUACUACUGUUGAUGAGUUCUACAACUCGAUUGCUGACAGCACUAAAAAUGGAAAGGAACUGGUGACUUGGAUUGGUGAGCUUUACUUUGAGUUCCAUAGAGGUACUUACACUUCUCAGAGUGAUACUAAGAAGCAUAACCGCCGCUCUGAGAUUAUUCUCCAUGAUCUCGAGUUUUACGCUACGCUUGCUUCUCUUUCAAGUAAGUCUUACAAGUAUCCAAAGAAGGAUAUUGAUGAGCUUUGGAAAGAUGUGUGUUUGAACCAGUUCCACGAUGUUUUACCUGGCUCUUCAAUUGAGAUGGUUUAUGACGAUGUCAAGAUUAUUUACGCCGAUGUUUACAAGCGUGCACAUAAGUUGACUAACGAAGCUCUUGAAGCUCUUGGGCUCUCUGAUGCCCCCAAGACUGCUACUUCUGAGUUCAUUGCUGUCAAUACAAUGCCUUGGCCUCGUCUUGAAGUCGUUGAGGUUCCUGCACCUGUUGACUCUGCAGCUGUUCAGUCAAAUGAUGGCACUCACCUUGUGCUUGUUUCUAGUGAAGCUGGUUCCGAGGUUGCUACCCCAGUUUCUCAAGCUGACUUUGAGGCCUUUUCUACCAGCGAGGCUACUGCUCAAGAAAUUGCUCCCAAUGUUUUUUUGCUUGAAAAUGGUCUUCUUAGAGCUACGAUUGAUGGUGGUCACCUAACGUCUCUUUAUGACAUUAAGCACAAUCGUGAGCUUAUUCUAAAGGGUGAGGCUGGUAACAAGCUGGUUAUUCUUGAGGAUCAGCCUCUCUAUUGGCAAGCUUGGGAUACCGAGCUUUAUUCGCUCGACACCCGCCACGAGCUUGGAAAGGGUACCGGUAAAAUUACCAAGAGUGGUCCUUUAAGGGCUGAGAUUGAGGUUUCUCAAAAAAUUAGUGAGAAAAGCAGUAUUGUUACUCGCAUUUCUCUUGAUGCUGUAGGUGCUCCUUCUAACGCAGAUAUUGUCGAUGGCAGUCUUUUGCGCUUUGACUGCAGCGUUGAGUGGCAUGAAGAGUGCAAGUUCCUCAAGGUUGAGUUUCCUGUUGAUAUCUUUAGUGAAACUGCAUCUUAUGAGACACAGUUUGGCAUUGUGAAGCGGCCUACUCAUUUCAAUACUAGUUGGGACGUUGCCAAAUUUGAAGUUUGUGCACACAAGUGGGGCGACUAUAGUGAGUACUCUCAUGGAAUUGCCCUGCUCAACGAUUGCAAGUACGGUUAUUCUAUUCACGGGCAGGUUAUUCGUCUGUCACUGCUACGUGCACCCAAGGCACCUGAUGCACAUGCAGAUAUGGGCCACCAUACAUUUACGUAUGCUUUGCUGCCACACGAGGGCGGUGUGUCGCACCACAUUGUGCGUGCUGGCUACAACUUGAAUCACCCUCUCAAGGGUCUGUACCGGGACACUGCUGUUGGAGUAACACCCAGUUCAGUUCUUGGUGCUGUUCAAGUCAAGGGUGAGCCUGGUCUUGUGCUGAGUACCAUCAAGCGAUUUGAGGACGAUGCUGAAGUUGCGUAUGGUGGACUCCCUGUUCGAAGCAAGAACCCCAGUGCAAUUGUACGUGUCUACGAGGCUUUGGGUGGCCGUGCUCGCGGAAAGCUUAUUCUUGAUGGUAAGCUGUUACCAGCAGUGAGCAAGGUGUUUAAAACAAAUCUGCUUGAGGAUGAUGAGGAAGAGCUGGAAGUUACAGUGAACUCCUUAGGUGAUUCUGAGAUUGUCCUUGAGCUUGGAGGCUUCCAGGUUGGAUCAUUCCGUGUAGAAUUUUAA